AUGGCAAGACGAUUAAGUGCUGGAACAUUAGAAUGGCUCAAAGGAACUCGACUAUUUGAAUCACGCUCGAAAAUAUUAUUUAUACUAUGCGGAAUUCUUCUCGGUAUUUUUAUUAUUUCUACAAUUGUGUUAGCUGUUCUCUUUGCCCGCGAAAAAAGCACGAAAUCUACAGAUGUUAAUAAUGAUUUAUGUGUCAGUCCAUAUUGUAUCAAAGCAGCUGAUUAUCUACUGGAUAGUCUUGAUCAAUCGGUUGAACCAUGCGAAAAUUUUUAUCAAUUUUCUUGUGGAACAUGGCUUAAAAAUAAUAGAAUACCUGAUGAUGCUAACGCACAAAAUAUGUUUAGAAUUCUCACAGAAAAACUUAACUAUAAUAUUGUUGAUUUACUAUCAACAAUCUCGACAAAUGAAACAGAUGGACUUCAAUCUGUUAUUAAUGCUCGUAUAUUGUAUCGUUCAUGUAUUGAUGAAAAAAAGAUUGAAAUAGAAGGAAUUGAUCCUGUCUUAUCAUUAAUAAAUACAAAAUUUGGUGGUUGGCCUAUACUACAAGGUUCAUCAUGGAAUAGUUCAAUGUUUAAUCUAACAAAUCUAUUACUUAAACUUCGUCAAUACAGUUAUAAUAUUAUCUUCCAAAUAUAUAGUGAUGUUGAUGAGAAAAAUUCUUCAGCAACAAAUAUUUUAAUUGGUCAAGGUGAUCUUGGAUUACCACAACGUCAAUAUUAUGUUAAUGAAACGAAUAUUACUAUUGCUUAUCGACAAUUUAUGUCGAGCUUAGCUGAAGUAUUGACUAAUGAUACUUCAAUGAUUGAUCAAGAUGUAAAAGAAAUAUUCGAUUUUGAAAAAAAUAUUUCAAAAUAUUAUUGGAGUUAUGAUGAACAACAAGCUCGACAUAAUGAAACAGUUCGUACAACAAUGUCUAAUCUUUCUCUUACAUUGAAUACAAGUUUUAAUUUCGCGGGUUAUCUUUACUCUGCAUAUCUGUUUGGUAAUGUAACUCUGAAUGAUAAGGAUCCUGUAGCAGUAAGUGAAUUAGAUUUUUUGAUACGUGCUUCGUCUAUAAUCAAUGCAACUUCACCACGAAUUUUACAAAAUUAUUUUAUAUGGCGUUUUAUAAUGGAUCAAGCUGAAAAUAUGCCAACAUAUAUUCGCAAUAUUAAAGAACAAUUUGAUAGAGUUUUUCACGGCACCAAUGCUGAACAAUUACGAACAAUAAAAUGUGGUGAUUAUGUUAAUGAUAAUAUGGGUUUUGUAGUUUCAAAACUUUAUAUUAAAAAUUAUUUUGAUGAAAAUGCUCGAAAUGAGUCAUUAGAAAUGAUUGAACAUAUUCGAAAUUCAUUUAUUAAUAUAGUUGAUCAAUCUUCAUGGAUGGAUAAUACAUCGAAAAUUAAAGCAAUUUAUAAAGCUAAAGCCAUUGAUAAACAAAUUGGUUAUCCGGAUUAUUUAGCCAAUGGUAAUGACACAAAACUUGAAAAUGAUUAUGCUGCGUAUGUUUUCAAUUCAUCUCAUAUUAAGAAUAUUUUGAAAAUGCUUCAAAUAAAAGCUUUAGAAAACUUUCAAUUUCUUCGAAAACCUGUUGAACGAAAAGUAUGGGGAAGUCUUCCACCAACUGUUAUUAAUGCAUUUUAUGAACCAUCUCAAAAUCAAAUUACUUUUCCGGCUGGUAUUCUUCAAAUGCCAUUUUUUGAUAAAGAUGCUCCAAAAUAUCUUAACUAUGGUGGUAUUGGAAUGGUUAUUGGUCAUGAAAUAACACAUGGAUUUGAUGAUACUGGUCGUCAAUUUGAUACAGAUGGAAAUCGAAUUCCUUGGUGGACUGAUCAAACAAUUGAAAAAUUCAAUGAUCGUAAACAAUGUAUUAUUGAACAGUAUAGUAACUAUACUAGUAAUGGUAAUCAGACACAAGGUGAAGAUAUUGCUGACAAUGGUGGACUUAAAGCUGCUUUUUAUGCGUAUCAAAACUGGGCUAAAUCUAAUGCAAACGUUGACAAAAAACUACCAGGUCUAACAAAAUAUUCGGCUGAACAAUUGUUUUUUAUCAAUUUUGCUCACACAUGGUGUAUUAAAAUGACUAAUGCAUAUAUACUCAAUAGUAUUUUGAAUGAUGUUCAUUCGCUUGGACAAUUUCGAGUAAUUGGUCCUACAUCAAAUUUUGAUGACUUUGAUAGAGUAUUUCGUUGUAAACCAGGUCAAGGAAAUAGUCGAGUAAAAAAAUGUGUUGUUUGGUAG